AUGUCUGGACUAUUUGCUAAACCUACUGUGAUCGAUAACGAAAAGCUGGUUGCUGAAAAGCAGAGAACGAUUGUUCAAAUCAAGAAGAAGGAAAGAAAGCAAAAGAAAAGAGACGAAAGGAAAGCAGCAAAAAAUGGUGAUGAUGCUUCGAACAAUGACAAUGGUACAGCAGAUCAGAAUGUAGCAGAUAAAGAGCACCCUGAACAUAGAGAGAAAGUUGGUGAGAAAAUGGACCUUGACGAUGAUGAUGGGGCAUUGGAAGAUAAGUACAUGUCUAAAUUAGUAGUAUCUGAAGCUGAAGAGUCAGGAGAUGAAGAAUCUGAGAAUGAAGAAUCUGAAGAUUCUGAUGAUGAAGCUCAAGUUGGUGAAGCAGGUUGUUCCGAUGAGGAGGGCGUUGAAGAUGCAACAAUGGAAGAAUCUACGGAGUCUGCAGAAACUGCAAAUGGUAAACCAACGAAAACUAAGACAACUGCGGCUCAAGUCCUUGAUUUAAAGGAUAAGGAGUUUGAAAAGGCGGAACGGACUAUUUUUAUUGGCAAUGUGCCAUCGAUUAUUAUAUCAAGUAAGAGGGAAACUAAAGAUUUCAAGAAUUUCAUCAAUAAAAGUUUGGAAUGUCCUGAAAAUACAAGUUUGAUUGAGUCUGUGAGGUUCAGGUCUUUGCAUUCUACAACAACUGCGCCACGUAAAGUUGCAUAUAUAUCCAAAGAGGUUGAUCUUGAAAACGUCAUGAAUGCAUAUGUUGUCUUCAAGAGUAAGGAUGUAUCACUCAAAGCAAAAAAACUCAACGGUGUUGUUUACAGAGAUCAUCAUUUAAGAAUUGAUCAUUUAACACACCCAGCCAAAAAGGAUAAUAAACUAUCAAUUUUUGUUGGUAAUUUAGAUUUUCAAGAAAAGGAAGAAACAUUAUGGAAGUACUUCAAUGAUAAGUUAAUCGAGAAGAAAGAUAAGAAAGACACGAAAAAUGUCAUUGAAAAUGUACGAAUUGUUAGGGAUUCCAAAACUUCAUUUGGUAAAGGUUUUGCUAUUAUUCAAUUUAUUGACACCAAUUAUGUCACAAAAUCGCUAUUAUUAAACGGUAAGAAAAUGGGAAAAAGAACACUGAGAAUCACAAGAAGUAAAAAAAUCAUGCGUAAUAAUGAUGAUAUGCGUAAGAAAUUUUCCAAAUUAAAUGAUCAACAAAAGACUGUUGUUGGAAGGGCCAAACAAUUGGGUAAGGGUGAUCGUAAAACAUUGGGUAAAUUGGUUGUCGAAGGUGAACGUGCCGUCAAGGGUAAGACUGUGCUAGGGCGUAAUGGAGUUGUCAAACAAAGACAUGGUGCAAGAAAGGAGAGGAGGGCAGCCGAUGCAAGGGUCACCAAAAGAAGUCAGGCCUUUAAGGAGAAGCUAGCUGCUGAAGCUUCAUCUAAGAACAAGAAGAAGUAG